AUGAACAACAAGCCUACGGAUCCAGAGAAAUCAGAGCUUUAUGAUCCACAUCGACCCUCUUAUCCAGAGGAUCGUCAUUCGACUGAAGCUCCCACCAAAGUUCAGCAAGUCACUCAUCAAAUCGAGGAGACCAAGACCGAAAUCCAAAAGUCCUUGCAAGAAUUAGCCAAUCGAGGGAGAAAAUUAGAAGACUUGGAAGAGCAGACAGAACAACUGUGCCGUAAGAUUUUCGAAAAUUCUCGGAAUAUGAACUAA